CAAUCGCUACAGAGUUGCCGAUCAUCCUGCAUAUUUAUUAUGAGACUUUUUAAUCAGGAUUAAUUUUAAUAAGAAUAAUUGUCUAAUAAUCUCUCAAUUAAUAUUUAAUGAAGUUUACUAACGGUUUCGAAGCAAUUACUGAAGCGGUUCUUUUAAUCUCGCUCAGUAGAUUGUGGAAUGUGCGACGAGGAGCUACUGUGUUACGCAGCUCCGCAUGAUGCCAUCUCAAAAUAUUAUUUUAAACACGAAGAAUUCGUGUCUUAUGCAUUAUCGAGUUAAUAUUUUACCCCUCGAUAUAAGAUAUAAAACGUUUUAUGUGGACACUGUGUCCGCAGUAUUAAAUAAAUCCAGAAUUAUUAUUUUUACUCGGUAGCAUGUAUACGUGGCAACAGAGCAAAGCUGGGCUCGAGUGCCCAGUCACUUCCUAGUCAAAAGAAUUUCAUCGAUCACAAACAAUAAUAUAUUUAUAUCGUUGAACAAGUGAAAUACAGUGAAAACAUUAACUUCAAUAACGACGAUUUCAACAUAUACGCUUACUUGAUUACGAAAUUUUUGGUGAAACAUUUUCCUAUGCCUAAUUAUUCGUAACAUAACAAGGAGCGUCGGUUUUAUGCGUUACAUGUGCAACCACUAUUAAAGUUGACUUCACCGCUAGAAUUUUUUAAAUGCAUCUAUGAACAAACACAAUUUUUCAUCUUUACUACCACUUGGACUAUUUAUUAUCUACCCGGAUGUAUUAAGGCUAUAUCUCGUGUCCUAUUGAUACACGUGAAUGCAUUAAUAUCGCUAUCUAAUUAUAUGUAUAUAUAUAUUACAUGGUGUCUUAGACAUACAAAUACUUUGUUGAACUGCCUAGAAAAGAAAACUCUUUGGAAUUUCAUCUUUAACAAAUAUUUGCUGGAUUUAUAUGAUAGAUCUAUGAAGCAUAUAAUUACUGAAAGCAAAUGUGGAACGGAUCAUAUUUGACAUUGAUGUGUUAUUCCUCCUGUUGGAAGAUCAUGUGCAUUAUGAAGAUAACUUGAUAAAAAGUUACUAAGAAAUAUAAGAGAUAAAAGUAGAUGAUAGAAUAGAUUUGCUAAUGGUGCUUUGGCGCUGUUCUCAUUUUCCUCCUGUCAGCACAAUGGAGGAACCCGCAAAGAAGAAACAACGUCUUGAGAAUAGUAAUGAUGGAAUUGAAUCUUUCGCGGAUAUAAAGUAUUUUCAGAACAGUUUAUUAGCUCAGUGUUUAUGCAAUAUACCAGAGGGUAGCUUGCGUAAACCGCUUACUACAGCAACAUUGGAAAUGGCUGAUGGUAGCUUUCGUCCUAUAGUAUUAUCUGACUGGGAACCUGAUCAAACUCUGGAGUUUCUAAGCGCCUUGCAGCUUCUUUUUGAUUUGGCCAUCAAACAGAAUACGAAAGGUGUUAUGUGCAGUAGAGUUGCAGAUAUUUGUGAUCUGUUAGCUCGAAAUGAACAUGGUAUUAUAGAUCAGAUAAUUGAUCUUUCCAGUACAACCAAUAAGUUUAUAUCGUUUGUUGCAAGCAGAGUUUUGGCUUCAUUUUUUAUUGUAACAAAGGACAAUGUUGAAAUCAUUUGGUUAGAGAGACUUAUUCAAUCUUUAGUGAACACUAACUCUCCCAAUCAAAUGGUAUUCACUUUGGAUAUUGUGAAAAAAGUGGUAGAACAUAAAGAUUGCUCCCUUCAUCCAUCAGAAGAGACAGCCAAUAUAAUGUCUGAUUGUAAUACUAUAACACUGUCAGAUACAGAAAGUUUUGAUAGUACUACGGUAAAAGCUACAUGCGUUAAAGUAUUAGAAUCUAAAUGGACUAUAUUAGUAUCUAAGUUUGAUGCAAUUCUCGCCUCGUACACGCCGCAAUAUGAGUCAGCUGUUGUAACAUUUUUAGAUUUAUGGGAAUCAAUCAUUUCUGUAAAAGCCAAUUUAUCAGUUAUCGAUACUAAGCUUUUCUAUUGUCAAUUAGAUAAUUUGGUUUCGUUGCUGAAUGCCAAUGUUCCAUGUAUCAUCUGGAGACAUCUUUUAAAAUUGUUUAAUGAAAUAUUAUGUUACGGUAGUACAUUAGCACUACAAGAUGUCUUACCUGAUGAACCUUGCUCUCUAGCACAUAUAAUAGUUCGUGCCGUUAAAGAUUGGAGAUUAUUAGAUUCCUUACCAUAUCGUCAUGGGUCUGGAAGAUUUGGAGGUGGUUCUGGUGAAGGAGACAGACCACUUCUACAAAAAAUUGUGCUCUUAGUUUUAAAAAGUGUUGCAGUGACUGUAAAGGAAACCCGCAGUGAUUCUAGUGACUCUUCUUUGGGUUCAGAAGCAGAAGAUCUUGAUGCUGAUAUGGCAGUUAUCGAGCGAAGUAUUAGAGAAGUUUUAAGACAGCUAGAUCAAUGCGUCAAAACAUUAAUGCCUUUCCAUCCAGAAAUGCCAUUAUCGCAAUGGGUUGUACAAAUGUUUCAUGAUCAAGAUGACUUCUUGAUAGAAGGUAUGGUUUGCUGUCUCGAUGUGGCAGUUGGUCUUUUUUAUAGAGGACCGCCGCAAAAUGAUUUAGGUCAUAUGCUUAGCCCGACGUUAACAUUUAUACGAUUCAUACAUGCUGUGUCGCAUGAUCGAGAUGUUUUAUUAGAUUUACUUGUUAGUAAUGAAACUUGUUUUUUAUUAUACUUAUUGAGAUUCUUAAAGUAUGUCAGAAGAAAUUGGUCAGAAUUUGUAUCGUGUUGUGGUAGAGAGCUCGAUGAGACCAUGACAGUAUUAAUAAGACUUCGAUUGGCGAUCGACAGAUUAGUGUCUAAAGCUUUGUUUCCUUAUAACAUCAAUCCGGUUCUUCGUUUAUUAGAAAAAUGUGAAUCCUUUUAUGAAGCAAAUGUUUGUCUUUAAACUGGGGAAAAAUUUUCAAUCAGUAUGUAUGCAUCAUAAAUACAUAAAAUUUUUAUCAAUUAAAAAUAAAAUGAUACGGAUAGAGAGAAGAAACUUUAGUAAAAAUAAAAAUUGAUAAGAAUAAUAUUUUUCAAUGGGAAUAAGAAAGAAAUUCUUUUUAUUUAUUAAUUCAUCUUCACCAGUUAAGAGAUUAAUCAAUGACUGUAUUAUAAUAAAAAAUGUUAAAUAUUAUUAGUUUAAUAUGUACAAAACUGUUAAGAUAUUUGCAGAUUUAUUUUGUAAAAAGUAAUCUGCGGCAUGUAACUUAGGUGCACUUUUGAUAUAAAAACAAAAUGUACUGUUUAUAUGAUAAUAUAAAUAUUUAGGUUUGUAAAAUAUGAUGUAACAAAUCAAAUUGAAAAAUUUGUUUCAUAUCUUUAGUGCAGCGGCAUGCAUUUAACAUAAUAUUACUAUUUAUAAAGAAAUCUAAACGCAUUAUAUAUUUUAUAUUAAUAGAGUGAUUACUGUAAAUCACAAUUGUACAGAUCUUGAAAUAUUUUUUUCAAAAGUGACUGACUUGUAUCUAUUUCUUAAUACAAUAUUAUUCAUCAUCUACGUUCAAAGUAAGAAAAGUGUAUUUUUAUUUAUUAUUAUAUUAGUCGUAAAUCGUAUGCAGUCACUAUCAAUUUUUUUUUUACGUAAAAUAUCUUCUUUUUAUAGUUGAAACGUAUAUAUAUAGAAAUCUAGUAGAAUAAAGUAGUACAAAGAUGAUUAUUAAAUCACAUUCUCUAAACAAAAUUGCACACACGCAUGGUGCUAUAAAUAAUACAUUUCCCAAAGCAUGAUUAGAUAAUGUAUCUACAUCUAUGAAAUGUGCAAAUACUUGAAAACAAAAAAAAAAUAAGUUUAAUUAAUUAUAAAA